UAGUUGAUAGUAAUCGGGGAUUACUUCAGUCCCAUUUUUGUUGACAAGACGUCUAGGAAAGGAUGUGUGACUUGUCUUUGAUGUUUCUUUGGUUAAAUUGUAUGUUUUAUCACCAAGCAUGGCAAUACAAAAUAAUCUAGUCGACAUGAUGCACCGACUACCGCGGUAACUCAGUGACCUGUACUAGCCCACAUGAUAGCAGCACCGACCCGCAGAAAACAGACUGUGUUUUAAUAACGGUGCAAAGGGAAAGUGCUAUAGGCAUAUUUAUUGGCAGCUGACGUGGUUGUAUUGACAUCAACCAGAAGACAUUCUUACGAUUAUGCCUCGUCGUAAACAGAUUUCGUCUUUAAAAUCCGCUUGUAUGGAUAGUAUAGCUAAACAUUUUGACAGCUAUUGGUGCUGUGGUGAUAAUGCAGUUUUGUUCGACACGCCAAGGUUGAUGUACGUCAUUGGGCCCUUCGAACAUCUGUCUGACGACUUAUUGCAGCAGUUGAUCCAGAGACUGGUAGAGAAAAAAUUAUUACAACGUCAUCACUUUCAGCUCCUUAUCCACUCCCAACUAAAGUCUUUAAACCUUGGAAUAUGUGAUGCUUCAGCCAAUCAUAGCUCUGUCAUUGACAUGAUUGCCACGAGGUGCCAGAAUUUAACAUCCUUGAAUAUCUCCAGGGUGAAGAAUGUUCAACCAAAAGUUUUAUGUGGAUUGAUUUCCAGUCUGCCUCUGAUCAAGUCCUUGAACCUGGAUAACACAAAGUGUGAUGACAAAGCCAUGUUGUGUAUUGCUAAGACCUGCAGACAGCUGAAGGAUCUCAGUAUCAGUGGAUGUCUAGUGAGAGACAAAGGUGUGUUGCACAUGUGUUCUGAGGCCGCAUGUCCUGAACUUGUCAGCUUUAAUAUUGGCUCCAAUCAUGUUGCGCCUGAUAGUGUGGCAACGUUGUUGCAAUGUAGAUCAAAACUAGUGUUUCUUGGAUACCCAGAUCUUUGCGCAGCACUUGAAGUGUUGUACAAGGAUACAUUUCGGUCAGGUGACAAUGUACCACCUCACCAGUGGCACAAGCUUACAGUAUUAACAGGUACUGGACUAGACUCGGGUGCUGUACUGGAGCAGAGCAUAGAGUUGUCCGUUGCAUAUUGUCCUUUCGUCACCCAGGUUCGUCUGUUCCAACUGUUAAAUACACAGCACUUAAGUCAUCUGUCACAGCUGCAACACAUGCGUACACUGGAGAUCGGCUGUGAGUCUGGGAACUUUGUUGCUGGAAUAGCCCCUCUGUUGGUCAGUAUGGGGCACAAUCUUCUCUCUCUCUCAUUACAUGGAAUUUGUGAUGUUGAUUUAUUGUUGCUCGGACAGUGUUGUAAAAACCUCCGUAAACUACAUUUGUCCUUACCUGAAAUGCGGCAGAACUCUACUGGCACAUAUAUGAGCGCAGUAAACUCAAACACUUCUUCUUUUAGCAAACUGAAGGAGUUGUGUUUCAUAUUUUCUUCAGAUUCUGAUGAAUACAAUUUAUCUGAAGACAUUAUGAAGUUAAUAUUUAUAAACAUGACCAAUAUUGUCUCUAUACAUAUGUACAAUGUUCAUAGUUUGAAUGACGCAGUAAUCACGGCUGCAGUUGAGAAACAUGGGUUCCCUUGCCUGGAGAGGCUCUACACUGAGCUGUGUGACAGCCUCACUUCAGAGUCAGCUUUUCUGUUAAUGGACUGUGACAAUCCACUCCGUGAUAUUGCCUUUCAUAAUUGUAGUUGCAUCAGCCUGCAGGAUAUUCAUUGCUUGAAGUCAAGAUGUAGAGCUCAAAAUUUGCAGGUUCAGUUAAGUUGGGAAUAAAAAUAAAAUAGUGCUAUGUUUAUGACAUAUGUGGUAGAUAUUUAUUUACGAAAUGCGUGUGAGUUUUUCUAAUAUGUUAUAAAUGAGUUCUUAAUGGAUGGGAGUUGCCAUAAAGUAUGGUGUGUAAUAUAAUAAUAUAAUAAUCACCAGGGCAGUGGUUGGGGAAGGGUUUUUUUUUAACUUUUUUGGUUACCAAAAUAUUAUACCAGAAUAUAUAAUUUAUAUAUAGUUAAUGUAAGUAGUGCUAAUACAGUUGGUUUAGAAGUUUCUAAGAAAGUUGUUGAGAGAGUUUAUGUUGUAAGCAUGAGCAUGUUUAAGAUAAUAAAUGUGACCUGUAUUAUUUAAACUAGAAUUGUUUGAGAGGUUCUGUAACAGAAAGAAUAUGGAAAAAUUAGAGAGAGUGGGUGCAUUUACAAAUGUAGUGAGUGUCCAAGCUACAGUGAUUGUUAAUGUCACUGAAGCAGAAGGUAUCUGAGGUACUUACAAAAUGAGUGUGAGAGAAAUGGGGAAACUUGUGGCAAAUGUGGCAGAUCCCUACCCCUUAAAGUGCCAUAGGCAUUAGCAUAGUGUCAGAGCUUGGAACACAAAAACAGUUAGAGACUGAAUGUUUCAUUAUAAAACUCAUAUGCUUGCAUUUAAUACAGUAUUUUACAUUUCCAUGUCCUUCAGUGUCUCCAUAAUGUCAAGGCUAUAAAGCAUUACAUAGAACAAAUUUUCCUGAAUAUUUUCAGUAUAUGUCUUAUUGAUGACUUGUCAUAUAGAAACAGUUAAACACAUAUAUAAACAGUUAUACAAGAGUGAAGUCAUAGUUAUCAAAAAUGUACUUUAAAUUAUAAAACUAGGGGUUAAUUCUGUCGAUCAGAUUCACAGUUUUCUGAAUAAACUGCUUUGAGGACUGCUUUAAAACAGGAUUUUUGUCCUCUGCUGGUAUCAGUAUUUUUAUUGUCAAACAAAGUUUACACCCAAUUCAAAUUUUAAGUGGUGUCAUACACUAAAUGUGGGAGUGAUAUUCAACUAAACAUUUAUACAAAUUUAUACACAAGCUUACCUAUAUAUAUGUACAUAUAUUUGAAUUUUUGCAUAUUUGUAUGUAUGUAUAUUUUGAGUUGGUAUAUAAAACUUUAUAUUCACAGUGAUGGAAAUAAAACGUAUAUGACUUUUAGUUUU